AAAUACAACCGUGACGAGUUUGGGAAAGAUUUUACUGUGAAAGCUUCCCUAAAAAUGCAUCAGGUCAUCCACACCGGAGAGAGACCAUUCAGCUGUGGAGACUGUGGAAAGUCUUUUACCAGGUCUGGACACUUAAAAACACACCAACUAAUCCAUACUGGAGAGAGACCAUUCAGCUGUGACGAGUGUGGAAAGUCUUUUACCCAGUCUGGAAGCUUAAAAAGACACCAACUCACCCACACUGGAGAGAGACCGUUCAGCUGUGGAGACUGUGGGAAGUCUUUUACCACGUCUGGAAGCUUAAAAGCACACCAACUAAUCCACACUGGAGAGAGACCCUUCAGCUGUGAUGAGUGUGGAAUGUCUUUUACCCACUCUGGAAACUUAAAAACACACCAACUGAUCCACAGUGGAGAGAGACCCUUCAGCUGUGACGAGUGUGGAAAGUCUUUUACGCAAAUUUCACACUUAAAAACACACAAACUCAUCCACAGUGGAGAGAGACCAUUCAGCUGUGAUGAGUGUGGAAAGUGUUUUACCCACUCUGGAAGAUUAAAAAGACACCAACUCAUCCACACUGGAGAGAGACUGUUCAGCUGUGAUGAGUGUGGAAAGUCUUUUACCGUCUCUGGAAGAUUAAAAACACACCAACUCAUCCACACUGGAGAGAGACCGUUGAGCUGUGGAGACUGUGGAAAGUCUUUUACCGUCUCUGGAAGCUUAAAAAGACACCAACUCAUCCACACUGGAGAGAGACCGUUCAGCUGUGACAAGUGUGGAAAGUCUUUUACCCAAUCUGGAAACUUAAAAACACACCAACUCAUUCACACUGGAGAGAGACCGUUCAGCUGUGGAAACUGUGGAAAGUCUUUUACCGAGUCUGGAAGCUUAAAAAGACACCAACUAAUCCACACCGGAGAGAGACUAUUCAGCUGCGGAGACUGCGGAAAGUCUUUUACCCACAUUUCACACUUAAAAUCACAUCAACUCAUCCACAGUGGAGAACGACCUUAUAAAUGUGACCUGUGUGAUAAGAUUUUUAAACUUCCACGUUACCUGAAAGCACACCGACAGAUCCACACCAGAAAGACUCUACAAGUGCAGUUACUGUGA